AAACGAAUUCAGACCCUGGAUAGAUGUCAAACCUGUGAAAGCUAUAAAAGCAAAGGCCCAGUACAAGCCACCAGAGGAGAAAAUGACCCAUGAAACCAGUUACAGCGCUCAAUUCAAGGGGGAAACCAGUAAGCCUACUGCAGCUGAUAACAAAUUACUGGAGCGCAGAAGGAUACGCACUCUCUACAGUGAACCCUACAAAGAACCGCCAAAGGUGGAAAAACCUAGCGUAAAGCCUUCCAAACCAAAAAAGACCACAACAAGCCAUAAACCCUUGAAAAAGGCCAAAGACAAGCAGAUUGCAUCUGGCCGGGCUGCUAAGAAAAAGAGCGCUGAGACCUCCAACACAGCAAAACCAGAGGACAAGGAGAAAAGUAAAGAGAUGAACAAUAAACUGGCUGAGGCAAAAGAGACCUCUGAAAAAAACACUGGUGCUACAGAUCAAGAACCAAGUACCUUAGUGCAGGACCAACCCACAUGAAGUUGAGCACUUUCUUCUGAGCAGCAGUUGGAGCAAACUUAUAGUCUGCAUGAAAUGUGUAUCUUCUGGCUGGCAUACAAUAAAGCUGAUGA